CUAUCGACCCUCUCAAGGUCCCGACGGUGGGUGGCCUGAGCAUUUGACGGUCGGGAAUUGCCCAAAAUGGAAAUUGUCCGAAUGCCCUCUGUGAGCAGCGUGAUUCCUGCUUUAGCCUCGGUUGUGCUUUUCUGAUAACUUGGUUAGGUUGAGCUUGGCUCAUAUCUAAUUCAUUUAGAAUCCAGUGCGCCAAUUCCGCUUCUUUGAGUUACUACUUGCAAAUCACAGCAUCUGAUUGUAAUUUCAAAAUGCCAAAUGCUGAAUUGUUACCCGACAGAGUUGCUGAAGAAAAUGCUCCCUUACACGUCAUCUCCCUCCAACAACUCAUGGAUGGAGAUGAGUUGUGCCGUGAGCAUUUGCUGAAAGCAUGCACCGAUCUCGGGUUCUUCUAUCUUGACUGUCGAGAUGUUGCAUCCGGCCAAGUAAUGGCGAGUGUGCAAUCGAUGUACGACCUAGCUGUAAGCUUUUACGACCAACCAAGCAAUGAAAAGAUGGCGUGGCUUGUGGAUCGGGAUCACGAUGAGCAUUUGGUCAUGGGAUACAAACCAGCGGGACAUGGCAAUGGGCCGAUUGAAGGAAAGAAAGAUGGAUUCGAGGGACUGAUGCUUUUUGAACACCCAAUUUCGAAGAUCAGCGAUCCUUCGGUUUUUCCGGGCCCCAAUGUGAUCGCAACACAGCUUGACGUUUUGAAAAGUGCCACAACAACUUUCCGGGAAAUCAGUGUUCUACUACUGUCACGACUCUCUGCCGCUUUGGGCCUAGAAGAUAAGCACGCGUACCAGCAAUAUCAUCGCCAAAACGCUGUUUGCCCGACAGCUCUAGGUCUCCUCAAAUACACCCUCGCAGACGUUGAACCUGACAAAGUAGGCCAGAUUGCCCAUACCGAUGCUGGCAGUCUUUCAAUCGUCUUCACAGAGGUUGGUGGCCUUCAAGUGCUGAAGCCCAACGAAGACCAGUGGUACUACAUAGCGCCCAAACCAGGUCACGCGGUUGUGAACGUGGGUGAUGCGCUUCGCUUCAUUUCUGGGGGAGUUUUGGAGUCAAGCUUGCAUCGCAUAAUCCCCCAUAAAGAUGAAGUCACGCGUCACAAAUACUCGGUUGUCUACCUUCUGCGACCGGAAAUGGAUGCAGAGUUUGUUGAUUCGGAGGGUGUUACUUGGAAGGGCCUUGAGUGGACGAACAAGAAACAUGCCGUGUUUCGUGCCACAGCCGAGGAGCAGGCCACGGGGACAUACUUGACCGGCAGGGAAGGGUAUGUUGGAUACUGGGAUCCGGAGAAAGAUAAGGACAGCGAAACUAUCAUGGUCUAGUCGGAGCAAGGUUAAUCAAUCAUCACCACCUCUGAACCUUGUUCGGUC